AUCAUGAGAGCAGGUGGAUGUGAUCUGCUGUAAAUCAGUAGGAACUGAUCUGUCCAUGCUGGAUAUUGAUGAUUUCAUCACAGAAAUCUUUCAGCUGAAGAAAGAGGUGACGUCACUGAAGACAAAACUGAUGGAGAGAGACGACAGGUUACAGGAGCUGGAAAAGGUUUCCUGUCAAUCUUCAGUGUGUGUGACUGAUGGGACCUCCACAGAAUGUCAGGAUUCAGUGUGGAGCGGCAGAGAUCAGUCCACACCACAGCGACUGCUGGACAAACUCUCUGAACAGAGAUCCAGAGACACACAGGACUCACAGCUCACUUUACUCUGUUCAACUGACGGUAAUCAGGAUGAUCAAACCUCCACAGAGUCUCAGACUUCUGUCUGUAACGCUGGAGAACAGCAGAUGCUGCAGACACCAGUGAAGAUGUGUUCAGUCAAGCUGCUGGACUGCAGGAACCUGAUGAAGAGGAGAGGAGAAAUCAAAGUAGAGGAACAACAGAAUAAUGAUGAUCAAACCUCCACAGAGUCUCUUGCUUCUGUCUGUAAUGCUGGAGAACAGCAGAUGCUGCCAGUGAAGAUCGAAGUGAAGCAGGAGGAGAUUAAAGAAGAAAACACAGCAGAGGAACAACAGGGAAAUGAAGAUGAUUAUAUUUCUUCAGAGCUGAUGGAGGCGAAAGAGAAAUGUCAAGAACUGAAUAACGUGGAGGACAAACUUCAGUGUCAGAAACAUCAUGAUUUUAUAACUGGAGAAAAAUCUUUGAGUUGCUCAAAGACUAAGAAGAAUUUAUCACCAGAAAAGGAUGAAAGAAGAGCAGCCAAAAAUACUUUCACCUGCUCACAGUGUGCAAAGAUUUUCACAAAUAAAAGCCAGUUUAAUAAACACAUGAAAGUUCAUACUGGAAAGAAACCUUACAAGUGUUCUUUUUGUAGAAACCGUUUUACACACCGGUCCUAUUUGAAAAAGCACCAGAAAAUACAUACCCGUGUGGGGGCUCAUAUGUACUUUGAAUCUGGGAAGACAUUUAUUACAGCCGGCAGCAUGAAACAGCACCAAAUAAUUAAUUCUGGAGAAAAACCUUACAAGUGCUCACACUGUGGAAAGAGUUUCACUCUGUCACAUCACCUGAAAACACACAAGAGAAUUCAUACUGGAGAAAAACCUUACAAGUGCUCACACUGUGGAAAGAGUUUCAAUCUGUCACAUAACCUGAAAAAACAUGAGAGAAUUCAUACUGCAGAAAAACCUCACAAGUGCUCACACUGUGGAAAGAGUUUCAAUCUGUCACAUAACCUGAAAAAACAUGAGAGAAUUCAUACUGGAGAAAAACCUUACAAGUGCUCACACUGUGAAAAGAGUUUCACUGAGUCGCAUAGCCGGAAAACACACGAGAGAAUUCAUACUGGAGAAAAACCUUUCAAAUGCUCACACUGUGAAAAGAGUUUCACUCAGUCACAAAACCUGAAAACACAUGAGAAAAUCCAUACUGGAGAAAAACUUUACAAGUGCUCACACUGUGAAAAGAGUUUCACUCAGUCACAAAAUCUGAAAACACAUGAGAAAAUCCAUACUGGAGAAAAACUUUACAAGUGCUCACACUGUGAAAAGAGUUUCACUGAAUCACAUAACCUGAAAACACAUGAGAGAAUUCAUACUGGAGAAAAACCUUACAAGUGCUCACACUGUGAAAAGAGUUUCACUGAAUCACAUAACCUGAAAACGCAUGAGAGAAUUCAUACUGGAGAAAAACCUUACAAGUGCUCACUCUGUGAAAAGAGUUUCACUCAGUCACAUCACCUGAAAACACAUGAGAGAAUUCAUACUGGAGAAAAACCUUACAAGUGCUCAAACUGUGGAAAGAGUUUUACUCUUUCACAUAACCUGAAAAGACAUGAGAGAAUUCAUACUGGAGAAAAACCUUACAAGUGCUCACACUGUGGAAAGAGUUUCACUCAGUCAAAAGACCUGAAAACACAUGAGAGUAUCCAUACUGGAGAAAAACCUUACAAGUGCUCUUACUGUGGAAAGAGUUUCUCUUGGUCCCAACAACUGAAAAAACAUGAGAUAAUUCAUACUGGAGAAAAACCUUACAAGUGCUCACACUGUGAAAAGAGUUUCAAUCUGUCAGAAAACCUGAAAAAGCAUGAGAGAAUUCAUACUGGAGAAAAACCUUACAAGUGCUCACACUGUGAAAAGAGUUUCUCUCAUUCAGAACAAAUGAAAAAACAUGAGAGAAUUCAUACUGGAGAAAAACCUUACAAGUGCUCACACUGUGGAAAGAGUUUCUCUCAUUCACAACAACUGAAAAAACACGAGAGAAUUCAUAUUGGAGAAAAACCUUACAAGUGCUCACACUGUGAGAAGAGUUUCAAUUAUUCACAAGACUUGAAAACACAUGAUAGAAUUCAUACUGGAGAAAAACCUUACAUGUGCUCACACUGUGGAAAGAGUUUCACUUUGUCACAUCACCUGAAAACACACGAGAGAAUUCAUACUGGAGAAAAACCUUACAUGUGCUCACACUGUGGAAAGAGUUUCUCUUGGUCACAACAACUGAAAAAACAUGAGAGAAUUCAUACUGGAGAAAAACCUUACAAGUGCUCACACUGUGAAAAGAGUUUCACUUAUUCACAAGACAUGAAAACACACGAGAGAAUUCAUACUGGGAAAAAACCUUACAAGUGCUCACACUGUGAAAAGAGUUUCACUCAGUCACAUCACCUGAAAUCACAUGAGAGAAUCCAUACUGGAGAAAAACCUUACAAGUGCUCACAAUGUGAAAAGAUCUACAGUCAAAGGCAACACCUGAAAACACACGAGAGAAUUCAUUCUGGAGAGAAACCUUACAAGUGCUCACACUGUGAAAAGAGUUUCACUCAGUCACAAAACCUGAAAACACACGAGAUAAUUCAUACGGGAGAAAAACCUUACAAGUGCUUACACUGUGAAAAGGGUUUCACACAGUCACAAAACCUGAAAACACACAAGAGAAUUCAUACUGGAGAAAAACCUUACAAGUGCUCUCACUGUGAAAAGGGUUUCACUCAGUCAAAAGACCUGAAAACACACGAGAGAAUUCAUACUGGAGAAAAACCUUACAAGUGCUCACACUGUGAAAAGGGUUUCACUCAGUCAAAAGACCUGAAAACACACGAGAGAAUUCAUACUGGAGAAAAACCUUACAAGUGCUCACACUGUGAAAAGGGUUUCACUCAUUCACAAAACCUGAAAACACAUGAGAGAAUUCAUACUGGAGAAAAACCUUACAAGUGCUCACACUGUGAAAAGAGCUUCAAUCGGUUACAUUACCUGACAACACAUGAGAGAAUUCAUACUGGAGAAAAACCUUACAAGUGCUCACACUGUGGAAAGAGGUUCACUCAGUCACAAGUUCUGAAAAGACAUGAGAGAAUUCAUACUGGAGAAAAACCUUACAUGUGCUCACACUGCGAAAAGAGCUUCAAUCGGUUACAUUACCUGACAACACAUGAGAGAAUUCAUACUGGAGAAAAACCUUACAAGUGCUCACACUGUGGAAAGAGUUUCACUCAGUCACAAGUUCUGAAAAGACAUGAGAGAAUUCAUACUGGAGAAAAACUGUACAAGUGCUCACACUGUGGAAAGAGUUUCACUUGUUCACAACACCUGAAAACACAUGAGAGAAUUCAUACUGGAGAAAAACCUUACAAGUGUUCACACUGUGGAAAGAGUUUAAAUCAGUCACAAGACCUGAAAACCCAUGAGAGAAUUCAUACUGGAGAAAAACCUUACAAGUGCUCACACUGUGGAAAGAGUUUCACUUGUUCACAACACCUGAAAACACAUGAGAGAAUCCAUACUGGAGAAAAACCUUACAAGUGCUCACAGUGUGGAAAGAGUUUCACUCAGUCACAAGUCCUGAAAAGACAUGAGAGAAUUCAUACUGGAGAAAAACCUUACAAGUGCUCACACUGUGGAAAUAGUUUCUCUUGUUCACAACACCUGAAAACACAUGAGAGAUUCCAUACAGGAGAAAAACCUUACAAGUGCUCACACUGUGGAAAGAGUUUCACUCAGUCACAAGAUCUGAAAAGACAUGAGAGAAUUCAUACUGGAGAAAAACCUUACAAGUGCUCACACUGUGAAAAGAGAUUCACUCUGUCACAAGACCUGAAAAGACAUGAGAGAAUUCAUACUGGAGAAAAACCAUACAAGUGCUCACACUGUGAAAAGUGUUUCACUCAGUCACAAGACCUGAAAACGCAUGAGAUAAUUCAUACUGGAGAAAAACCUUACAAGUGCUCAUUCUGUGAAAAGAGUUUCACUUGGUUAAAUUACCUGAAAACACACGAGAGAAUUCAUACUGGAGAAAAACCUUACAAGUGCUCACACUGUGAAAAGAGUUUCAUUCAGUCAUAUAACCUGAAAACACACGAGAGAAUUCAUACCGGCGAAAAACCUUACAAGUGCUCACACUGUGAAAAGAGUUUCACUCAGUCAUAUAACCUGAAAACACACAAGAUAAUUCAUAUUGCAGAAAAACCUUACAAGUGCUCACACUGUGAAAAGAGUUUCACUUGGUUACAUUACCUUAAAACACAUGAGAGAAUUCAUACUGGAGAAAAACCUUACAAGUGCUCACACUGUGAAAAGAGUUUCACCCAUUCACAUCACCUGAAAACACACGAGAGAAAACAUACAACUUCUCUUCAUUUCACAUGCUCACAGUGUGGAAAGAUUUUCUCAAAUAAAAGCCGGUUUAAUAAACACAUGGAAGAUCAUAUUGGGGAAAAACCUUACAAGCGCUCACACUGUGGAAAGAGUUUCACUCAGUCAGAACACCUGAAAACACACAAGAGAAUCCAUACUGGAGAAAAACCUUACAAGUGCUCACACUGUGGAAAGAGUUUCACUCAAUCACAUCACUUGAAAACACACAAGAGAAUCCAUACUGGAGAAAAACCUUACAAGUGCUCACACUGUAAAAAGAGUUUUGCUUGGUUACAUUAUCUGAAAACACACAAGAGAAUUCAUACUGGAGAAAAACCUUACAAGUGCUCAUACUGUAAAAAGAGUUUCAAUCUGUCACAUCACCUGAAAACACACGAGAGAAUCCAUACUGGAGAAAAACCUUACAAGUGCUCACAAUGUGAAAAGAGUUUCACUCAGUCAAAAGAAGUGAAAAUUCAUGAGAGAAUUCAUACUGGAGAAAAACCUUACAAGUGCUCACACUGUGAAAAGAGUUUCACUCGGUCACAUCACCUGAAAACACACGAGAGAAUUCAUACAGGAGAAAAACCUUACAAGUGCUCUCACUGUGGAAAGAGUUUCACUCGGUCACAAAACCUGAAAAUACACGAGAGAAUUCAUACUGGAGAAAAACCUUACAAGUGCUCACACUGUGAAAAGAGUUUCACUCGGUUACAAGACCAGAAAUCACAUGAGAGAAUUCAUACUGGAGAAAAACCUUACAAGUGCUCACAAUGUGGCAAGAGUUUCAAUCAUUCAGAACACCUGAAAACACACGAGAGAAUCCAUACCGGAGAAAAACCUUACAAGUGCUCACAUUGUGGAAAACGUUUCACUCAGUCACAAAACCUGAAAACACACAAAAGAAUUCAUACUGGAGAAAAACCUUACAAGUGCUCACACUGUGAAAAGUGUUUCACUCGGUUACAAUACCAGAAAACACAUGAGAGAAUUCAUACUGGAGAAAAACCUUACAAGUGCUCACACUGUGAAAAGAGUUUCACUCAGUCACAAGACCUGAAAACACACAAGAGAUUUCAUACUGGAGAAAAACCUUACAAGUGCUCACACUGUGGAAAGAGUUUCACUCAGUCACAUCACCUGAAAACACAUGCAAGAAUUCAUACUAGAGAGAAGUCUUUUUAAACAGAUCUUUUAUGUGACUUAGACUUCA